UACGUCAUUGUCAUCAGCAUCUUCUGCGUGUUUUUCCUCUUUCCUCUUUCUCACUCAGACGUCGGUUAUGCUUCUGGAAAACACAGCAUUCAGCCCUUUUCUCACCCUUUCUCUUACAUAGCUAAAUCCACAUACGCUACGUACCAUACACCCCUCUCUCUCUAG